UUUCGGUAAUGGCGUAGGUUGCGGUUGCAACGUUGCAAAUGUGUAGUGAGUGAAAGGCAAAGUCUUCGCUUUAAUGUCAGGACCACUCAUUGUAGCCGCUGUCAUCGGCGGAGGAAUAAUCAUAUUUUUACGUCGUAUGUUCCCUAGAAAGAAGUCUGUACAUUUGUUGCAGUAUCCUGUCGAUAUAAUGCGAGGAAAAACUGUUAUCGUGACCGGAGCAAACAGCGGCAUAGGAAAGGCCGUAGCCUGGGAGCUGCUCAAACUCAAAGCUCGGGUGAUCUUGGCCUGUAGGGACCCACAAAAAGCUGAAGAGGCGGCUAAGGACAUGAAGAAACAAGCCGGCCCCGAUCAAGGCGAACUGGUCAUUAAACAACUUGACCUUGCAUCCCUUAAAUCGGUACACAGUUUUUGUCAGGAGAUCAUUAAGGAUGAGGUCAAGAUUGAUGUCCUCAUCAAUAAUGCAGGAGUCUACCAGUGUCCUUACACCAAGACAGAGGAGGGGUUUGAGAUGCAGCUGGGUGUCAACCACCUUGGCCACUUCUUCCUAACCCACCUUCUAUUGGAUUUCCUAAAGGGCUCUGCCCCCUGUCGCAUUGUGGUGGUCUCCUCCAAGCUUUACAAGUAUGGUCACAUCAAUUUUGACGAUCUCAACAGUGAGAAUGAGUAUAAUAAGGCUUUCUGCUACAGCCAGAGCAAGCUGGCCAACCUGCUGUUUACCCAUGAGCUCUCACGCCAGCUGGAUGGCACCGGAGUAACUGUUAACGCCCUCACUCCUGGCAUCGUGAGGACCAGGCUGGGCCGGCACAUGCAUAUUCCCUUUCUGGCCAAGCCCUUUUUCUACCUGGCCUCUCUGGCCUUUUUCAAGAGCCCACUGGAGGGAGCCCAGACCCCACUUUACCUGGCCUGCUCCAGAGAAGUGGAGGGUGUGUCCGGAAAGUGCUUUGCCAACUGCCAAGAGGAGGAACUGUUGCCCAAAGCCAUUGAUGAUCAUGCAGCCAGGAGGCUGUGGGACCUGAGUGAGAGAAUGGUUGGUCUAAAGCAAUGAGAGACCUAUACUAGAUUUUUACUAGGGCUGUCCCCGACUAAGAUUUUCUUUGGUCGACCAAGACUCGACUAAACACUUCUGAAAAUCAACUAAUCGAAAUUUGAAACUUUUUUUUUUCUAUAAAUGUCACAAUGUUUUUUAUCAAACCCUUUUUUGUGAUGUUUUACCUAACUGCUUUAAGAUAAUAUGAA